AUGCCUCACUCGAUGGAUGGACAACCCUCUAAUGAGGUACCGACAGCCACGGCAGCAGACACGAGAUGGUGGAAGAUUCGCUUCUUUGACGGCAUGAAGAAUGAUAUCAAGAGACGAGCACCGUAUUACUGGAGUGAUUGGAAAGAUGCCUGGGAUUACCGUGUCAUUCCUGCCACGGUAUAUAUCCUUUCUCUUCUAGUGUCUGAUAAAGCCGAUUCAUACCUCGAAGCCUCAUCCAAGCAACCUUCCCAGGAAGAAAACUUACAUGGAGUCGAUAGUAUUCUUCCAGCCCUCGCUUUUUCGCUUGAUAUGUUCGAAAAAACUCAUAUGAGCUACGGUGUCAAUGAGGUUCUUCUCGCCUCCGUUCUAGGUGCUGUUGUGUUCUCUUUCCUAGCUGGACAGCCAUUGGUUAUCGUCGGUGUAACAGGCCCUAUCACUGUGUUUAAUUAUACGGUCUACGAUAUAAUCGCACCUAGAGGGACAAAUUACCUGGCCUUCAUGUGCUGGAUUGGAAUUUGGUCGCUUAUAAUGCAUUGGGUUCUUGCCAUUACGAAUUCAUGUAAUGGACUGACCUUUGUUACAAGAUUUUCCUGCGACAUAUUUGGGUUCUAUGUUGCUUUCAUCUAUAUCCAGAAGGGCAUCCAAGUUCUUACCAGGCAAUGGGACAUGGCUGGUGAAACAUCUGCCUAUCUCUCCAUCAUGGUCUCUCUGCUAGUUCUUAUGUCAUGCUUUAUCUGCGGUGCCAUCGGAGAAAGCCAUUUCUCCAAUCGCCAUAUUCGAAAGUUCAUAGAAGAUUAUGGCACUCCUCUGAGCAUAAUCUUUUUCACUGGCUUCGUUCAUAUUGGUCAGAUGAGAAAUGUUCAUGUCGAAACAUUGCCAGUUUCUAAAGCAUUUUUCCCUACUACGGAUCGUAGCUGGCUUGUGAAUUUCUGGGAUAUUAGUGUGAAGGAUAUAUUUCUUGCCAUUCCGUUUGCAAUCCUCUUAACUGUUCUUUUCUACUUUGACCAUAACGUGUCAUCAUUGAUCGCUCAGGGUACUGAAUUCCCUCUUCGCAAACCUGCCGGAUUUCACUGGGAUUUAUUCCUGCUGGGCUUAACUACAGGAGUAGCGGGUAUUCUUGGGAUCCCUUUCCCUAAUGGCCUUAUCCCUCAGGCACCAUUCCACACAGCCUCUCUUUGCGUAACACGCCAAGUAGCAGAUGAAGAUGAGAAUCAUAAAGGAAAAUCCGUUCGCAUUAUAGACCAUGUUGUUGAGCAACGUGUUAGCAACCUUGCCCAGGGGCUUCUUACGCUCGGAACAAUGAGUAGCCCUCUACUUGUUGUUCUACACUUGAUACCUCAAGGGGUAAUGGCAGGACUUUUUUUCAUUAUGGGAAUUCAAGCUCUGCUAGGAAACGGAGUGACGCAGAAGUUAAAGUUCCUCAUGGAGGAUAAGGAACUGACCUCACCAUCAAACCCACUACUGAGGAUUGAGCGAAGAACGGCAGUAUGGGUAUUCGUCGCAAUCGAGCUCUUAGGAUUUGGGGCGACAUUCGCCAUCACGCAAACAAUCGCAGCCAUUGGGUUUCCAAUCUUCAUUCUCUUGCUUAUCCCCAUCAGAUCCUUCCUGCUGCCGAAAUGGUUCACCGUAAACGAACUCUCUAUACUCGAUGCACCUACUGCAAGCCCAUUUACCAUGAAAAGUGUCGGGGGAUCCUAUGGACACGCCCAGCAUGGAGUACAUGGGGGCUCUUCGGAUGAGGUACAGACACCCGCUGUCGUGGAGGGCGGCGUUUUCGCGGGUGAUUUAGAAAACGGAGAACUACACGAACUUCAAUCGAGGAACUCUGUUAGGAGGAGAAGCCGGUCUGAUAGAUGA